AGCGACGUGUGAUUGCGAAGGGCGGUUGAAUCUACCUUGGUCAAUUCAUCGCAGACAAAACGCUAAGCUGGUUAGCUUCCACGAUGAAAUUUUUGUGGUGAUUUCCUCACCAAAGGAAAAUGCUAAUUGCGGGUUGAAUGCUUCUAAACUACUACUCAUCUUUGCCUCCGAAAUCAAACCUUUGGUUCAGCACAACAUCCAUGGCAUUAACAAGGACACAACAUAUCUUGUUGUCCUCAUCUGA